UCUGCUUCUGCGCUCGCUCCCAGAAGCUAGCUAGCUAAUCACCUCGAGACGGACUGUGGAAUCAAAAGUAGUGACAAGAAGAUGGCGGAGUGAUUGGGUUGCGCUUUGAAGGAAAGCAGCGACCCUUGAUUGUCCUGAUAUUAUACGAAGAAAUGAGAAUCGCAUCCAAAUUGUAGGUAGCUUCGGAAAUUUGACAAACAAGAAGAAUAUUGCCCCUCUUGCGGAGGUGGUUCAAACAGAUCGAACGGAAUUUCGCAGUUCCACUGGUGUCCAUUAGCUCUAGUGUGCUAACGUUAGCUAGCUUCCCCGAGGCACUGGGCGACGGACAUAUUAGGCACGUUAGGAGUGUUUUCAGAAGAAUCGUGUUCCCUUUUUCGUGAUGUGUUGGUUUUAUUUUUUCCAAGAUUUUUUACUAGCUAGCUAGCGAAUAACGCCUGAAAAUAACCACUGUUCUAGCUAGCUGGCUAACGUUACAUUGUUUCAAGUACAUCGCCCACGAGCAGCCAGGACUUCUGUGUAUGUUCUGAUAACGAGCUGGCCGAGAAGGGAAACCGACGGCGCAGUCCCAGAAAAUCCUAUUUUAAACUGAUCAGGAGUUGCUCGUGAUUUUGAGGAUAUGGCAAGCAGCAGCGGCUCUAAAGCCGAAUUUAUUGUCGGUGGGAAAUACAAGCUUGUCAGAAAAAUUGGAUCUGGGUCAUUUGGUGACAUAUACCUGGCGAUCAACAUCACAAAUGGAGAGGAGGUAGCUGUAAAAUUGGAAUCUCAGAAAGCCAGACACCCACAGUUGUUAUAUGAAAGCAAACUGUACAAAAUCUUACAAGGAGGAGUUGGAAUCCCACACAUAAGGUGGUAUGGCCAAGAAAAGGACUACAAUGUCCUAGUGAUGGACCUGCUGGGACCCAGUCUGGAAGACCUCUUCAACUUCUGCUCACGCCGGUUCACCAUGAAAACUGUACUAAUGCUCGCAGACCAAAUGAUCAGCAGAAUCGAGUAUGUGCACACAAAGAACUUCAUUCACAGAGAUAUCAAGCCAGACAACUUUUUAAUGGGUAUUGGCCGUCACUGUAACAAGUGUUUAGAAUCUCCAGUGGGGAAGAGGAAAAGAAGCUUGGCUGUUAGUUCUUCUCAGGACCCAUCUUUCUCAGGAUUAAACCAGUUGUUCCUCAUUGACUUUGGUCUGGCCAAAAAAUACCGGGACAACCGGACACGACAGCACAUACCCUACAGAGAAGACAAAAACCUCACAGGCACAGCUCGCUAUGCCAGCAUCAACGCACAUCUGGGAAUCGAGCAGAGUCGCCGAGAUGACAUGGAGUCGCUAGGAUACGUCUUGAUGUAUUUCAACAGAACCAGCCUGCCCUGGCAGGGACUAAAGGCUGCCACAAAGAAACAGAAGUACGAGAAGAUUAGCGAGAAGAAGAUGUCGACUCCAGUCGAGGUGUUGUGUAAGGGUUUCCCUGCAGAGUUUGCCAUGUACCUUAACUACUGCCGUGGGCUGCGGUUUGAGGAGGCGCCUGACUACAUGUACCUGCGUCAGCUGUUCCGCAUUCUCUUCAGGACCCUGAACCACCAGUACGACUACACGUUUGACUGGACAAUGCUGAAGCAGAAAGCAGCACAGCAGGCCGCGUCCUCAGGGGGACAGGGGCAACAGGCACAAACCCCUACAGGCAAGCAAACUGACAAACCCAAGAGUAACAUGAAAGUCGCCCCCCUCCCUCUCGUAGAGGGUAUCCCGGGUGCCCAGGGUUGAUGGUGGAGGAGUCAAACCAAUUUUUCAAAAAACCUGAAGCUGUUUUCAUCAGGUUUCUGAGCAGUAAGACAAAGAAAUUAAGACGAGUGGCCGUAGCAGGAUUUGCCUUCCAAUCACACCCCGGAUUCCAGGAUCAAAUUCACCAGAGCCUGCCAGGCAUUGUGGGCAACCCUUUUUUCCUGUAAAAGAACUUUCGUUCCAUAUACUAUAUAUGUAAUUGCUCUAUAUAGAUAACAUGCUCUGCAUAUAUCUAUAUAUUGGUAUGUAUAUACUAUAUCCACACAGAAAGCCGGCUUGGUAUGGAAUUUUACGAAGCUGUAGCCGUCUCUAUUGUCCUGUCCCUGAAGAUUUUUUUUAAUUUUUUUUGUGUUUCUUCAAAACUGAAAAUAAGACAUGGUUGGCUCACUGUGGAUGUUAUUGUGCACAUUGCAAUACUUUCCCCUUGAUACUUUCUCCCUCUGAGAUCUGCUGCUCGGGUGCCUGCCUCACCUCAUGGCCCCCUGUCAGAGCAGCUUUGUCCCCAUUCCCUCAGUCACCGAGCGUGGCACGAUGACCCAGACACACGUCAGUCAGAUUGAACAUUUUGAAACGACAAUUUUCUCCCUCAUUUUCAAGCAAAAUGAAAGAUGUAAACGGAAACUGUUCUUUAUGAAUGAAUCCUGGGUAUUUACUAAGCAAACAUUGGAUUUAUUUAGUUUCUUUUCAUAAAAAGGGUAAUUAAGAUUCUGCCUGCUGAUAUGUGCUAGAAGAGCUUCAAAUGUGAAGAUGAAAACAAUUCUAGUGACUACUAGGUUCCUCUUUAGAACGCUGCAUUAACUAUAUUGUACUUGGUAUUCUGAAGUCUCAAACAAUGAAUAAAAAAGAUCAACUCCACAAAAGCAUAUUCAUUAUAAAUUAGGCACCACUUGACUAAACCUGUUUGGAAAUUGCUUAUUUAAAAAAAAUGACACAAAUUAUUUUUAUUUUGAGAUGUUAAUGCCAAUCGACAAAUGUCGUUUUUUUUAUUUUUUCAUUUUUAUUCAUUGAGUUGCUUUGAUGGAUGGCAUCAAUGUUCCGUUUUUGAGAGGACCUCACACCACCCACCCUUCGGUUAUCAUUUUUAUAUAUAUACACUUUUUUUUUAAAGAAUCAGAACCUACUUUUUACCCCUUCAGUUUUAUAGAGUUGUCUUUCCCUGUAUUGAAUUGAUCAUUUUGGGGGAAGGGUGUUUUUGUUUCUUCUUCCUGCGAUGAAGCAGAUCCUCUUGUAAAAUAUUCUUUCUCUGCAACUAAAUUUCACUGCUGCUUAGAGUAGUGACCUUUUGUUCCCUAAUUUUUGUUCUUUUUUAUUGCAAAGAAAGUUUGAGGGUUUACAUUUCUGUAUACUUUGAGUCUUGAGGGAAGAAUAAUUUGGAUUUCUCACAGCCUUUAGUUAAGACAGAUGCACACUAGUAACUGUUUCUCCCCCUCCCUAAUAAUCCCCCUGACCCAGCUUUAGCUAUUUUACAGCUGGACAUUCUAUAAAAAAUGUAAUUUAUUCCCUUUAGCAUGUCAGAAUAAAUUUAAAUGACUUGUCAGAAUCACUGUCCAAGUCUCUGUAAUUUGAAGAAAACACAUAGACUUCUUCCUUAGGCCCGGAUGAUGGGGGGACUACAAUUUGGUCUUUCCAUUUUCUUGUCUUUACACAUUUACGUGUUGACUACCACACAACCCUCGUAUUGUGAGAAUCUUUCAAAUUUGACAUCAGCAGGGUUGGGGAUAGAUAAAAAGGAAAGAUGCAAAGGAUUUGUCUAAAGGUAUGGUCACUUGAUGCAAAGGGACAAAUUUGUGGAAAGGUAUUGCUGUAAUCUAGAAAAAGCAGUUCCUGUGAAAUAUUGUUGGGGUGGUGGGUAGUUGUAGGUGCCUGUGGUGGUGUUUUGAAGAAAAGAUCUUCCCGGAUUUAUAUCUGUAAAUAUUAAAAUGGAUUAAAAUA